AUGAGCGUUGAGAACCUCACCCAGGUUACUUGUGCAGUUUGCGCCAAAAGGACGUUCAAGGAUGAUGUUUCCGUUGUUGACCCUAGGCAGAUCAACCUGGAGCUUCUGCGCAACGAUAAACUUCCAAAGCAUGUCCUUCCACGGACGUAUAAUUUCGUGGCCUACAAAGAGGCACUUCUUCACCCGAAUGGGCUUUUACUACCACAGCAACGUGGUCCCAUGCGGAUUUGUCUGGCAUGCAUGAAGGAUCUGAACACUGACCGGAUGCCAAAAUUCGCGUUAUGCAAUUGGUUGUAUUAUGGUCGGGAAUCUCUUCCCAUUGCCGUCAAAAGAGCGUUCGACGAAGCUACACUUUUCGAGAAAACGCUUAUUUCCCGCGUCCGAACGAACACCAUUUGUGUCAGAUUUGACGCGGUCAGGGAUGAGCAUAUUGAUGGCGAGAACACGUACAGGCAAGGAGCGAAAGGAAUGAGGGGCAAUGUUAUCAUGGCACCAUUGAACAUCCCCAAGCUGAAUUCCUUCCUUCCACCACCGCCUGAGACUAUUCGCGAUACAUUUUGCGUAUUAGUUACUGGCUACAAUCAAAAGCCGAGUCCAGAGACGGUAAAGAAGUACCAACCAAUCUUGGCGCGUAAAUCUCGGGUGAAGACAAUGAUUGAAUUCUUACUUGAAUGGAACCCUCAUUACAAGGCAGUCGGAGGAUUUAAAGGGUUCAGCGCUGAAUAUCUUAAUGGGCUAAUGGAAGGCCAGGAGGGCUUCCCUGAGUCCGUGGAAAUUGCACAUAUGGGAAACAACGCUACUAUGGCCAAAGCAACAGCGGGUCCUGUUGCGCUUCAAGAUAUGAGGGAUCGCGCGGUCGCGCGGUGUUUGUCGGGGAAAGGGUACAUUGGUAUUCGGAAAGGUCAACUACCGAUCCCCGAUUUCGACAAUCCUUUCAUCUUAUCCUGGACUCACCCCUACAUCGACCCUUGGGGCAUUGGGGGAUUCCAUCAUCCAGAAAGGACUCGAAAGAUCAGCAUGCAAGAACAGCUGAGACACAUGAUGUUGAUGGACGAUCCCGUCAUUCAAAGUGACCUUGAAUUUGCACUGGUUUUUUACAAUGUUCUGCAGAAGAAGGCCGUAUCGGAGACAAUCAGAUUCAAUGUGCCCGAGAGCAAAAGAUCCAAGAUCACUGAGGAAAUCUUGAACACAGACCGAGAGGUCUUGUUGAAGCUUUCUGAGAAGUAUAAAAACGACCCAAAAUACUUCCCGACUUCCCAGUCCGAGAAGAAAGUUCUUCGCACUCUUCAGAGCCUUGGAUUGCUAUCCAGAAACGUGCUAGGUAGUGCUGCUCAAAAGCUGGCUCUGAGAAACCAGAUUCGGGGUAUAAUCAACAACAGGGGCGCUCCAACGCUAUUCUUGACACUGACUCCUUCGGACAGGGAUAACUUCUUGGUGCAUGUUUUGGCAGGGAGCCCCUACAGCGUGGAGGACCUUCUGAAUGGAUCACAUAUGCCGGAUAAGAAUAAGAGGACUAAAUUUGCGAACGAGCAUCCGGCUGCUUGCGCAAGAUUCUUUGAUGUGAUAGUCCGUGCUUUCAUUUGGAUCAUCCUCGGGUAUGGUCAGGAGCAGGGUCUUUACGGCAAGUGCGAAGCGUAUUUUGGGGUGGUAGAGGCACAGGGACGAGGAACACUGCACAUUCACUUUCUGGUAUGGUUAGCAGGGCAUCCCUCUCCUGAAGAACUUAGACACCGCAUGGCUUCCUCGCAAGAAUACCGUGAUCGCUUGACGGAAUGGCUGGAAUUUGUCAUGCAGUCUAAUUAUGCAGGGUACGAGCCCCGGUCCAAUGUUGCUAAUUUAACUCGGCAAUCCGAACGCGAGCUCGUUGGGAAUGCUGGCUUGCCACAUCCCGGAACUGUGCUUGGUCCCGUAUUUUCUACCCUGCAAAGGAAGGAAUUUUGGGAAGAGUACCCAGGGUACCUCAAUCGACUACUGGUUGAGUACAAUAUUCAUGUCCACACACCUACUUGUUGGAAAUAUUUGAAACGGGGAGAGCCACACACGGAUGCGAACUGCCGGCUAGGCAUGGAUGGCGAGAUGCGAGCUAAGACAAUAAUUGAUACGGAGACCGGCUUGAUUAAUGUCAAAAGAGAGCAUGGGAGGAUGGCGUAUUUCACUGCCUUGGUUAUGUUUUUGUUCAAGGGAAAUAUGGAUAUCCGUUACAUCUUGUCUGGAGAAGACGCCUCAAGUUGCAUGUACUAUGUGACAGAUUACAUCACGAAAGCACCGAUGACAAUGCAUGUUGGUCUUUCGGCUUUGUCGUAUGCAAUUCAAAGAGUGGAUGAGAAGCGUAAGGCAGUUGAACAGAGCGCUACCGAUGGAAACUCGAAGCCAAGUGCUAUAUCAGCCGUGACGACCGCAGUGAAUUGUAUGACAGGGCGGCAGGAACUUUCGCAACCGCAGAUCAUGAGUUACAUUCUGGGUAGUGGUGAUCAUUAUACUAGUGAGGUGUUCAGGUCGUUUAAUUGGGGUGAAAUGGUGCGCUUUGUACGGUUGUCGACAGAUCAGACUGGCUCUGGCUCGGAUGAGAACCUCUCCGUCGUUUUGACAUUGAAACCUGAAGGAGAGAUUUCAGUUUCCAGCCAGCGGUUGGACUACAUCCAUCGACCAGUGGAAGAGGAAUUUGAAAUCCUUUGUCUCUAUGAUUUUCUGGCUUUCACCGAGAAGGAACAGUUGAGGACACCUUCCAAGAAACGCACCGCCGAGCAGCCAGGGCAAUCAAACGUAGUUGACCCUGAAUCGCAUCGGGAUCGUCCGGAGGUUCGUAACCUGUCUGUGAAACAAUUUUCUUCCGUCGAACACCCUCAAUAUGAAUCUCAUGGUUUGCGGUUGAGAAGGGAAGGUCUAGUUCCCGUCCUAUUGGGGCCAAACCUCGCACAUCGGGAAACCGAAAAGGAGAGAUGGGCUUGUGAUAUGCUAACUUUGUUUAAACCAUGGCGAGAGCCAGUGGAGCUAAAGCCUGCUCCAGAAGCGUCGUGGUACGAUAAUUUUCGAGCAUUUCAGCCAAAGCUUUCGGCCCGUCAUCUGAAGGUUAUUGAAAACAUGGCCACUUUAGCAAAGUCGCGUGAGAGCCGCGAGUUCGGAUCAAAGUUUAAACGCAAAGGCCAAUCCUCCGGAGGCGCCCUUGUUGAUGAAGAGCUGUUAGCGGAUGUACUGGGUGACUCUGAAUACGUUUCAAACCCAAAUGCUUGUGUCUAUGGAACGGUAACAGCUCCGAGUCCUGAUGGGAACAGCUCAAAGGCUCACGGUGCAAAGCGACGGCUCCAGGAGCAACUGACUUCUCAGGUGGUGGAUGAUUUUGAAAGGUGCUACCCAGAAGACGACUUCAUGGAUGUUGAUCCGAAAGAGAAUCCCGAGGUGCAGCUGGCAGACGAAGAAAGUCUGGAACGGGUUCAGGCCUUAGUCAACACUUUGGCGCAGGAGAAGGCGGUCCAAGCUGCGUUCAGCCCAAUCCCGACAGCAUCAGUCAAUGGGAAGAAGAGGUCUGAACCCAGGGAAUUUGCGCCUCCUGAUAACUGUCGUCUGUCAGUAGCCAUGGGUCGGUCAAAAAGUGAUGACCGGUGGAAAAUUGCUGUCGACCUGAUAGAAGAGAGGAAACUUGGUGACAACACGGAGCAGUUGCGCGCAUUCCUGGUAGUUGCAAAACAUCUCAUCGACGGUGGUGAGCAGCUUUUUUUAUUCAUUAACGGCAUGGGCGGAACGGGGAAGUCCUACGUCAUCAAAUCCAUCAUCAUGUUAUUCGAACGCCUUAACCGUGGCUCACAACUGCUAGUGGGAGCUCCCACCGGAAUUGCAGCAGUGCUCAUUGGUGGACACACCCUUCAUUCGCUUAUAUUGUCUGGGAUCGGAAAAAAUAACAGCGCGAAGGAUAAACUCAUAGAGAAGUGGAGGGAUGUCUCAUGGCUCAUUAUCGAUGAAAUUUCCAUGGUUGGUGCCAGCUUUUUCGCAGAGUUGAAUGCGAGAAUAAAAAUGGGAAAGGGUCAGGAUCCUGCAAGUCGAGACAGCCCUUUUGGAGGCGUCAACGUUAUUUGCCUGGGUGACUUCUGUCAGCUGAAGCCUCCGCGACAAGUAACAUUGUUUUCUCAUACCAUGUUGAAUCCGUCGCAACAGGAGGUGGAUAGCUCUUGGGGAAUUAAUUCUAUGACUGGAGCCUACCUGUGGAAGCAAUUCCGGACAGUGAUUUCAAAUGUCCUCAAAAAUAGACCUGCAGAGGUACCCUUGUUUUGGUCAGCUCCAGUAGUGGUCGGGAUCAAGGUGGUUCGGGAUUCUGUGAACGCAAGAUUAAUUGAGUACCAUGCUCGGCGAGCGGGCGAGCAUGUUUACAUCUACCACUCGCGAGAUAUGAUGUCAAGAAAGGAGGUUCCGGCACUAUGGCGGAAUCGCCUCUGGGACUUGCCCGCUACAGAGACGUCGGAUUCUCUUGGAAGAUUGCCGCUAUUUGUUGGGCUUCGAGUUAUGGUGACUGAGAACGUGUUAUUGAAGCAAGGUAUUGUCAAUGGUGCCGAGGGCCAUGUUGUAGGCAUCGGGUACAGGACUUCUUCUGAAGGUGUCCGCCAUGCAACUGUGGUUUAUGUCAAAGUUGAUGGCAGUAAGAUAAAGCUUUGCGAAGAGCUGGGAACGGGUGUAAUACCCAUGGUACCGACACCUAAUCGAGUGAAGUAUGAUUUCCCCCAAUCGCUAGGCGGUGCCAAGGGAUUCACGCGAUACCAAAUUCCUAUCAUACCUGCAUACUCCUACACUGACUACAAGAGUCAAGGGCGUUCACUCGACAAAUGCAUUGUCGAUCUCAACACUGCUCGAGGUCAAGGUGUUUAUGUUAUGCUAUCCCGAGUCAAGUCAUUAUCUGGACUGCUCAUUCUUCGCCAUUUUCCGGAGGGUACAUUGUUUCAACGGCUUUCAGACGAGCUGCGACGGGAGCUCGCACGUCUGGCUGAGCUUGAGGAACAGACUCGGGAGGAAUGGAAAGUGGAAGAACUAACGUUGCUGUGUCAAGACAAGGACUAA